GUACUUUUGCAGCGGUACCAGAGCUGUUAUUGUUUAUUCAGGUAAUGCCGUCCUCAGAUUAUGACUCGGCAAGUCUGCCGGACUUAUUGCCGCUGUACUACCGACGGCUGUUCCCCUUCUCACAGUAUUACCGCUGGCUGAACUAUGGAGGAGUGCAGAAGAACUACUUUCAGAAUCGAGAGUUCUCCUUCACGCUCAAAGACGACAUCUACGUCCGUUACCAGUCAUUCAGCACACAGAACGAACUGGAGAAGGAAAUGCAGAAGAUGAACCCUUACAAGAUUGAUAUUGGAGCCAUAUACAGUCAUAGACCCAAUCAACACAACACAGUGAAGUCAGGAUCCUUCCAGGCCCUGGAGAAGGAGCUGGUGUUUGAUAUUGACAUGACAGAUUAUGAUGAUGUGAGAAGCUGUUGCAGUGCUGCAGACAUUUGCAGCAAGUGCUGGACCCUGAUGACAAUCGCCAUUCACAUCCUGGAUAGAGCUCUCCGAGAGGACUUCGGUUUCCAGCACCUGCUGUGGGUUUAUUCUGGCAGGAGAGGAGUGCAUUGCUGGGUGUGCGAUGAAGCUGCCAGGAAGCUUUCUGUAGCAGCUCGCUCUGCGGUGGCAGAAUACCUCAGCCUGGUUAAGGGAGGUGACGAGACAGUGAAGAAAGUUGUGCUCACAGAUCCAAUUCAUCCGUUUAUCAGAGAGUCUUUGGCGGUGGUGGAGCGAUACUUCCCCCGGUAUGCGCUACAGGAUCAGGACAUACUGGGCCGCAAGGAAUCUACUGACAAAGUGCUGGCACUCACCCCUGAAGAUGUAAGAAAAGAAUUGCAGCAGGACUUCCAAAACGAGAAGAAACCUGAGACCCGUUGGAAACUGGUGAAGGAUCAAGCCAUUAAGAAACAGGGCACUGCUAGAAGGGGCCAACACUUUGAGAAGGAAAUCAUGCUGCAGUAUUGUUAUCCACGGCUCGAUGUGAACGUCAGUAAAGGGGUGAACCAUUUGCUGAAGAGCCCCUUCAGUGUUCAUCCAAAAACAGGGCGCAUUUCUGUUCCCAUGGACCUCAAAGAAUUGGAAACAUUUGAUCCGUUUGCUGUGCCCACAAUCAGUCUGAUCUGUGAGGAGCUGGAUCAGCCCAGGAAAGGCGAAGAACAAGAAAAGUUAGAAGACACCAACGAGAAGGAGAACGAGAAGGAUGCAGCAGAAAGACGAAAGAUCAGAGAUUACAAGAGAACAAGCCUGGCGAAGUAUGUGAAAUACUUUGACCAGUUUCUGGAUGGGAUGGCUCGCUCGUGGAAAGGAGAACUUCUCAAAAAAAGUGAUCUUCAGAAAGACUUCUAAACUGGAUCCACAAUCAGGAAGUGAUGCAGAACAGAAACUGUUAAUAGCUUCUUGUUAUCUAAUGUGGGUGAUGAUGUAAACUGUCAUGUUUUGGUUGCUUUAUGUUGUGGAAUAUUUCCUUUUUUCUGAUGAACAAUAAUUUAGUCCAAAUCAGUUUUAUGAGACUCCGUAAUAAUAAUAAUAAUAAUACCUUCCCAAAACAUGAGUGAAUCACCUGACUGUAGUAUUUUCCUACUCCAAUGCCAAUUUUAUGAUGUUUGUCUGCUAUUUUCUAUUGUACAGUCAUUUGUGAAAAUA